GACGCAUUUCACGCAACGUGAGCUGUAUUCGGUUUUCUCUGCUCGUCUUUUCUUCGGUUGCCUACUCUUGAUUUCCAGCAGGUUCAGCAUUUCAAUGCCAGCUUCGCUGUGAUCGACCAAACGACCCGUUGCACCUGGCAGUUGCAGCAGCAAACUGGCUAAGGGAGAAGGCAACGGCGUCGCCAGACUGUGGUGGCGCUGCCAAACCAACCAAAUCCCAGGCUGCCACAUACUGGGUCCGGGUGGAGCUUGUCCUCCCUUGCAGCCCUAACAAAGAUAAUGCUCUCCCCCCCUUUGGAUGGGACGGAAGAUGUACCACAAAAUGGAACUGGAAAUAAAAAGCAUACAACGAAAAAAAAGGGUACAACUGCAAUCGCGGCCCCCAUAAACGAGGAGGGCAGCCCAUGUUAGGAUGCAAAAGCUGGGAAAAGCUUUUCUCGUGUGGCUUUAUGGCGGUGUGGUGGUGGUGAUGGGUGGUGGGUGGUGGUUUGGUUUCGGUCGGAGGUGGCUUCCAUUUCGGUUCGCAGUGCUUCAGUCUACCAAUGACUUUCGACGACGAAACUCUUAGAGUGGUGCUUAUGCGAUUCACGACACCUGCUCGCGGUUUAACGAUACACAAGUGUUUUAUUCGCUGUAUGACGCCACAAUUAAAUAGGACUGUAAAAAUUGUUCGAUCAUUUCCCCUGACUCGGAUCAGCCAUCAGUGAAAAAGUGUGAACAGCAUUCGGAAGUUGUACAGUGCAUUUGAGGAGUGUUUUUUUGGAGUACUGAAAUGUAUCGUCCAUUCUGGAUCUUUCUUUUAUGUUUCUGCACGUCUGAGUUAGCUUUAGGAAGCACAAGAGCCAUUCGCAAUCUUUAUGGACAAAGAUGUGCAAAUCGUUUGGAAACGGCUCUUGACACAACACUCCGGCGAAGUCAGCAACGCUCCGGUUAUAGCUCGAUUAUAGAUUUUUCCGAUAACGGACCACCGCACAGGCCAACCUUAUUUGAUGCUGCUGGAAAACGGUCACCAUACAGCAACAAUAAUUACAACGAAGAAAUUCAACAGAUAGUCUCCGAGUACAAGCACAAGCUGGGCAACCCUUCUGGAGGCGGUGGAGCUUCUUCAUCCUCCUACUUUCAACCGUCCACCAGCCCCACCAACUCAUUGGCCGCCGCACAAGUUGAGGUGGCAAAUUUGAGAGUGAGAAUACCGCAAAACAAUCACUGGGUCGUGGUCGACCGGUGUCAAUUUAUCGAACACAAUCGCACAUUGGACACGAAGCUCGAGUUCCCUGAUCUACAGAUAAGCGGACGCGUAAUCAUGCACCCAUCGGGUGGCCGAUGUGAUAUGAUUUUACGGCUGCGUCGGGCAGGCAUCGAAUUUCGAACUAUUCCGCUUAUACCGUCGGGUGUUGGGGAACGAAGCCGACAGGCGAAUGUGCGAACAGAUUCACAUUUCUCGGAACCAGGCUUCAUUUCCGUGUUUGCCCACAGCUGUGAAGGGCCAAGUGGUAUAAAGUAUCGGAUUAACUCGAAACGACGACACUUUUUCAACCGCCAGCCAGCAACAGCACCUUCGUACUAUGGACGGGAUCGACAGCGAUCGCUCGACUACAUCGAUGAAGAUCUGGUCGCCAACGAUGGACUGAACGAUGUGUUUAAGCUAAAUGACGGCGACUCCCUUUUUCUAUCCCCUUCCACGUUCGUCAACAUAGACGGAGAAGAUACUCAAGAUGGUCCGAGUGCGAAUCAGGAUCCGAACAGCAGAACAUUCUUUGCGGAGCGAAACCCAUUUUCUUACUCGGCGUUCGGUGGUCCCGCGAACAUUUACGCACACGAGCAAGCUAACCCGGACAAAGGGUGGCAGAAUGUAGAAACGAACGAAGCACUAGAUGAUGCUUACUCGAAUGAAAUCGAUAACCUCUUUUCGAAAGGCGUGCGCGGUCUGCUCACAACCUACAUGCAAAAAGCCCUCCAGCCAGCGAUCAAAGAAACACUGAUGGAAAGCAUGGGAUACACGCUGUCGUACGGUUAACAGGCACAAUGCCCCGUGUAGGUACGUUUAUAUGUAAUAAAUUAUUUUUACUUUCUAACGAAGAGCUAUUCUCGUUUUAUUACGUUUAGUGCGUUGGGAUUAAUAUUGGAU